CCAUCGCAACCAUCUACCUAAUCAUUCCCGAAAGACACUCCAGUUGAUAGCACGAAUCUUGCCAUCAUGAAGCCCUCGAAGAAGUUGAUCUACCUACUGAGCUCUGUCUCGAUGCUUCAAUCUACGCUCGGCGCUGCCACCGGUCCUGUCAACGCAGCGUUCGAUAUUAUCUCGCGUGACAUCGACGAAGCGCGAAUUUCGACCCGCCAGGAUACCCCUCCGUCAGUUGAGAUUACAUACCGCAAGAAACUGUUGUGUCUAGUCCCUUUCGAUAAGACCGUAGCCAAUAUAUACCCAAAUCAAUGUCUCGACUCCCCGGGUUGGAGCUAUCUAUCUGAAGUUAGGCCCGGCUCUUUUCCUCCAGGCCAAACCUGCAAGUUGAUUGCAUACACGCAACAGGGCUGCGUGAACGAGAACCCACGCGGCACCACCAUCGGCUGUUUAGAAAAUCUCCUUUCCCCUAGCAGGAGCUACAAAUGGGAUUGUCAGGAGGAUCCUGAGACGCCUGAACCGAGCCUGUACCCGUCCGCCACCGCCACUUUAUUCGAACGUAGCGAAUGUAGCGAGGCCACAGGAGAAGAGGGGGAAGUCAUAGUAAACGGCAAGUUUGACGCUGGAACAAUUCCUGCAAACACAUGCCAAGACUUUGACGGUGAAAAGGCUGGAUUUGGAACGUUCAACAGCUCUCUCAUGACACCCAAUGAAGCAAUCCCCGAAAACGUCGUCUGCUAUUGGGAAGUGUAUGAAAAUCCUGGCUGUGAAAAAGAAAGCAAGUAUGAUGUCAAGGGAACAAAAUCCUGCCUGACCAAUCUCGGCGGUAGAGGUCCAUCUGCUCAGAAACAAGGACGCAGCUACCAGUGGGUCUGCUACACUCCUCCAUCGGCUAGAGUUACACUGUACUCCGACGAAGUGUGCGGUGAAGUAAACCAGACUUUCAGCAACGUAUCUCCCAACAACUGCCGAAGUUUCGCCCCACCGUCUACUGAUCAGAGUACACCAAAGCCUCAAUUUCGGAGUGGCAAUGUGGCUGCUGAAAGAACAAUUCCUGAUGGUCUUUACUGCCGCCUUGUUGUAUCCAGUGGCGAGGUUUGUUCACUGGAAAUAGACUCUAAACCACCCGGAACUUGUGUCGUCGCGUACUUUAAACAAGGGGAAGAUAUCUACGCUGGAGAAAGCUACAAAUGGUUCUGCACGCCAAGACAUCCGUUUGAUCCGCUUUCAGGUUAGACUUGCUCUGUGAGGGAGCAGUCGUGAGAGGAAUUCUAGUGUGAGAAAAGUUGAGAAAACUUGUAAUCAGCUCUUUGCCUCACGAGUCUUAGUGUACUUUCGACAGGUAGCUUACAAU